UUAGCCUAAAGUAAAUACAAGUCUUUUGUUUUUGGGAUUCAAAAGCCGAUUCAAAAGCCGAAUCUUGAGUUAGGUGAAUUUGUGUUCUUGAGCGAUAAUAUAUGAGCAUAGAGGACCGGUCUGAAACUCUCCGGAACAUAGGAGGUCGACCGCAAUUUAAGUUUCAAGCAACUUUGACAGGUGGCCACUACACAACACCUCCAUCGUCAUCCGUCCAACUAUCUCAAAUUCGUCAAUUACAGUACGCCCGACCCGCUUAAACCCGACCCAGAUACUAAUCCCCCAGUUUGCUGUACCUGAUCUGAGCAUCCAUUAUUGGAUUGUUUGAUUCGACGCUCCCUAAUUUCCGGUGGAAGAUUUGGGGAUUCUUCAAACCCUAAAUCUCCUGUAGUGCUACUUCCUAGAGGUAGUAAUCUCGCGCGGAGGCGCAUGUGGUAAUUGUAUUUGAUUUGAGCCCAAAUUCCGCUCGGAUAUUUUUUUUAUCAUAAUCUGAAGGGGCUCCCGAGGAUGAAAUUUGCUGCGAGGGAGAAGGAAAGUGUGAUCGCGAGCUCUUAGAAGUAUGUGGUUUUCCUUCUGGAGAUCCCGUGAUCGAUAUUCUUUAGACGAACUCAGAUUCCUAGUUGAACAACUCAUGAGAGUUCAGAUUGUGAAUGAGGUUAACAAGAAUUUUGUCAUCGAGGCUUUGAGAUCUAUUUCGGAGUUGAUAACUUAUGGUGACCAACAUGAUACUGCCUACUUCGAGUUCUUCAUGGAGAAGCAGGUCAUGGGAGAAUUCGUACGCAUAUUAAGAAUUAGUAGAAAUUUGAUUGUUUCACUCCAGCUAUUGCAGACAAUGAGCAUAAUGAUUCAGAACCUGAAAAGUGAACAUUCCAUAUAUUAUAUGUUUAGCAAUGAACAUGUUAAUGACCUAAUAACUUAUCCGUUUGACUUCCGAAAUGAAGAGCUGUUAUCUUACUACAUAUCUUUUCUGAGGGCAAUAAGUGGGAAGUUGAACAAGGAUACAAUUUCUCUCCUUGUGAAGACAGAAAAUGAUGAAUUAGUUUCUUUCCCCCUUUAUGUUGAGGCAAUACGGUUUGCUUUCCAUGAAGAAAGUAUGAUUCGAACUGCUGUACGUGCUUUAACCUUGAAUGUUUACCAUGUUGGAGAUGAUGCUGUAAAUAAGUUUGUAUCAGGGGCUCCUCAUGCAAAUUAUUUUUUGAAUCUGGUCAAUUUUUUCCGAGAUCAGUGCAUCCAUUUGAACUUAGUGAUUUCAAGUGCUUCAAAAAAUCUGAGCAUGGAGUCGUCUUCCAUUCUUUCUGCUGUUGAUGAGAUAGAAGACAAUCUCUAUUAUUUUAGUGAUGUCGUUUCUGCUGGAAUUCCUGACAUAGGGAGGUUAAUCAUGGACAAUGUUUUGAGGCUUCUGAUAUUUCCAUUGAUUCUUCCUUCCUUGGGGGAUGAAGUAGUUAAGGAACCAAGUCUUGAUGCUGUCACUUCUUUAUAUUUACUUUGUUGCAUUUUGCGCAUACUCAAAAUCAAAGAUCUGGCAAACAUUGUUGCUGCUGCUCUGCUGUGUUGUUCAGAGACAUUCUGUGGGAAUUUUGAAGCUAAGCCCAAUGGUUAUUUAGAUGCAGCAGAUGAAAAUACAGCUGAGAAUAACCACAUUUCAGAGUCUCUUGCUGGAAGUUUGCAUGUUACUGUACCAACUUCUAAUCCUUCCCAUAACCAUCCACCAGGUGUUGUUUUGGGUCAUGAUUGUGGUGGUACACAAUUGGCACCCAGGGAAUGUUUGCUUUCGUUUAUUACCAGGGGAGAUGAUGUUCAGGUUUCAGGCUCUUUAAAUGUCCUAGCUACUCUAUUGCAGACCAAAGAACUGGAUGAAUCGAUUGUUGAUGCCCUUGGCAUACUUCCUCAACGCAAACAGCAUAAGAAGAAGUUGCUGGAAAAAGGAGGAGAAGUAGGUUGCAUAUUUCUUUUUAAGUUGGAUUCAAUAGGUAUGGAAGCGGGUGGUUUGACUUCUCUGUUAGUUUUCUAUAUGUUUUAGAUAGAAUCAAUAAUUGUAUGGCAGUCUCAAUUUUUUCAUCCCCUGGUGCUUAAUUGUUGGAAAGACGAGAAUAACUAGGUUUUUGCUUCACUUCUACCAAAUGUAACUUGGAAGUUGGAACCGAACAUUUCUUUUGCCCGAUUUUCUGGAUGUGAUCCUUCAUGCCUUCUGCAUUGCUUCCAUUGACAAUGAAAAUCUUGUUUAUCAUUUCAAUGACAAAAUGCAAAAGGUUAUGGUAACUGAAGUUUUUGAUUUAUGCUCUGAUAGCUGUAACUCUGGAACUUAUGUUUUACUUCAUCCGAGUUUCCGCCCUUGCUAUCCAAUUUCGCUAGCUGUGUGAGAUGGUGAAGUUCUAGUAGUUCUAGUGAUCAUUACACUGUCGGUGAUGUUACCAUCUGUGAUAUUUUCUCAGUGUUAAUGCUGUUAAUAUAGCUAGAGGUUUCUUUACUGGGAGAGCAACUGUAUAUGAUGCUUUAUUUUCUGAUGUUUACUUGAAUACCUUUCUUGUUGUGUACUGAAGCAAGCCUUGGUUGGGGAAGAUUCUGGGGAAGAACAACUUUUCUCUUCUGGAAGUAGUGGGGUUAAAGAUGGCAUCAGUAGUGACCUUGAUAUCUAUCUAAGAAAAUUGAAGGAUUAUGUUGGAGUUUCCUGUUCCAGCCUGGAGGUCGGAGUGAGUCCUCGCGUGCACAGAUUUCAAGUGCUCGAUGCUUUGGUCAGUCUCUUUUGCAGGUCAAAUAUUUCUGCAGAAACAUUAUGGGAUGGCGGUUGGCUUUUACGUCAGUUGUUGCCUUACAGUGAGGCUGAGUUUAACAGCCAUCAUCGUAGUUUACUCAAAGAAUCAUUUCACCGUUGUACGAAUCGUGUUCUGGAGGAGACGCAAGGUCCUUGGUCUGAUUUGUUGGUAACAGUUAUUUGUGAUGAGUGGAGAAAGUGUGUGUGUGCGUGUGUGCGCGCGCUCUUUGUGAAUAUUGUUGAGUUGUAGACACAAGCAGACAUCUAAUAAGUUCAUUCUGGUGCUACAGAUCUUCCUUCCCAUGAAUCGUCCAUUGCUGCUGGAGAAAGAAUGUGUGAGACAGUGAAGGUGUUUGCACUGCUUCAUCAUCUCCAUAUGUUCUCCCUCGGUAGAGUUUUGCCGGAACAACCACCUGUACUCUCCACAAUAGUUCUUCCAGAAAAAUCCAGGGCAAAGAAUGCUGGAGUUGGUUCACCAGGACUAAAACCGAAUGCGGAGAUCACUCUUGUGGAUGCAUUGCCUUGUCGGAUUGCGUUCGAGAGGGGAAAGGAACGUUAUUUUCAGUUUGUGGCACUCUCAACUGGAAGCACCGGGUGGCUCGUUCUUGCGGAGGAGUUACUUAUGAAACCUCAACGUGGACUGGUCCGAGUUCUGGCACCAUUGGCUGGAUGUAAUCCCAGAAUAGAUGAUAAGCAUUCAAGAUGGCUACACCUCCGAAUCCGGCCCUCCUCACUCCCAUUUUCCGACACCUCCAAUUACACGGCCCGUGCGAAAAUAAGAUCGAAAGCUUUAGUUGAUGGGAGAUGGACCCUCGCAUUCCGGGAUGAGGAAUCUUGCAAGCGUGCUUUGACCAUGGUUCUUGAUGAAGCCAAGUUGCUAAGUGAUGAGGUAGAGAGAGUACUUCAGCCAUUGCUCGACCUUGAAAGAAGUUUAGAUGACUCACGACUUGCUCAGUUUGUGGAGUAUAACUCUUCCUGAAAAGCAACCCUCUUGAUUCAUUUGUACCAUUUCUUUCUNUUAAAUCAUUUCCUU